AUGUCUCAAGAAACUUUGCACUUGGCGCCCAAUCUCUAUACCAAGAGACUGACUCUAACCCUCAUCGAUUUCGACAAAAAGGACGAUGAGGAAGCCUUCAUAGAAUUACUGGCAACCAUGGUCGGAGAAUACAUGAAAAUCUCCGCUCAAGAAGCAAGAAAAAAUGCAGUGGAAUCCAUCGAAUUCUACCGCUCAUACGGCCGGAUCCAACCAAAACUUCUCGGCGGUCAAAGGAUUGAUAAAUCUGCUAUUUGGCUCAUACGACUCGGAGCAAAUUCACCCCACGGCCAGUGUGUUGGUACUACCUACGUGGUUCAAAGAAGCCUCAUGCCUGACCAAAACUGGAUCCUAUUGCCCGACUACCGGGGUAUGGGCUACGCUACCGAGGCUUCCAACGCAGUUUUGCGAUACUUUUGCGACGGGCUGGGGCUCCGGGAUAUGAUGGCCGUCAUAGCUCCGGGUAACCUGAAGAGUCCCGCCGUAGCCAAGAGACUAGGAUAUGUGCCUGUCGAAGGUGGCAUGCAGUACGAGGAUGGGGUGACUCUUCCUGUAUUUGCACUCCCUACAGCCAUGCCACUUCCCAAGGAUUUGGUAUUUCGGCGGUUUGACCGUUUGGAAUAG